AUGAAUGGUUUGGGUUUACAGGUAGCUGAAGCGGGAUUGGAGAAAUCUGACAAGUUUCCGGUAGUGGUGAGUACUUGGCCAUUCAUUGAGGCCGUUAGAGCUGCUUGGAGAGCAGUUGAUAACGGGAGCUCUGCAGUAGAAGCUGUCGUAAAAGGUUGUUCUGCGUGUGAGGAGCUCCGCUGUGACGGUACAGUUGGGCCUGGAGGAAGUCCAAAUGAGAAUGGUGAGACCAUGAUUGAUGCUUUAGUCAUGGAUGGGGUGACUAUGGAGGUUGGAGCUGUUGCUGCAAUGCGGUAUGUCAAAGACGGUAUUAGAGCUGCGAAUCUGGUGAUGAAAUACUCUCAACACACGUUGCUCGCGGGAGAAGGAGCGUCAGCGUUUGCUAUCUCCAUGGGUCUUCCUGGACCCAUGAACCUAAGCUCCCCUGAAUCCGUAAAGAAGUGGUCGGACUGGAGAAAGAACCGAUGUCAACCCAAUUUCAGGAAGAACGUAGUCCCUGAAGAUGACUGUGGACCUUACAAGCCAAAUAAUGGUGCUAUGGUUGUUUCUGGAGACAUACCCGCUGAUUCUUGCGAGAUGGGAAGGAUUGUGUAUAGACCUCCUCUUGUUGGUCCUCACAAUCACGAUACCAUAUCGAUGGCUGUCAUUGACAAAAUGGGGCAUAUAGCUGUUGGGACAUCAACCAAUGGAGCCACAUUCAAGAUUCCCGGAAGAGUAGGUGACGGGCCUAUCGCCGGCUCAUCAGCUUAUGCCGAUGAUGAAGUAGGUGGAUGUGGUGCAACUGGAGAUGGCGACAUCAUGAUGCGUUUCCUCCCUUGUUAUCAAGUUGUGGAGAGCAUGAGGCAAGGAAUGAAACCAGAAGAAGCUGCCAAAGACGCGAUGUCAAGAAUCGCAAGGAAGUUUCCGGAUUUCGUGGGAGCGGUUGUGGCCGUUGACAAGAACGGGUCUCACGCAGGAGCUUGCCAUGGUUGGACGUUCCAGUACUCAGUCCAUGAUCCUUACAUGGACGAUGUUCAAGUCUUCACAGUUCUCCCAUGA